CACAACGUAUUGUUUAUAGAAUCCAUAUGGACGAAAUUUCUCACACCGAUUAGCGAAGACAUGGCUUCUUCUUCCUACAAGAAUAAAGCAGUUCAAUUAAUAAAAUGCUUCUGCGGAUGCAGCGACAUGACCGUAGAGGAGGUCCAAAGGAUCUACACCCUAUCGAACAGCGUCCAUCAGACUUUACUGGACCCGGAGGCCUCCAAGCUUUUGAGGCGCUUCCUGGAGACUAAAAGAUCCGGGGACAAAGACGCCACUGAACAGUACCUGGACAUUUAUGAAAAGUGUUCCGAGUUCCUGCAGGAAACUCAACACACCUUUGCCCAGGACGAAGUAGACGAACUGGUCGACCUAGGGCUUCCCUAUGAUCUGGAGCAGGAUCUAACCAGGCGCGCAUUGAGCGGUCAGCGAAACGACAUUAAUCUCGGUCUCUAUCGUGUCCAGGCCAAAUGUCGGAAUGAGAUUGAGGCCAGCAGCGAAUUCCGAGAUUUCCGAAACGCUAUAGUAGAUAAGCUGCGGCGGGUGCCUAAAUGAUACAGUCGGUCGGGCUGCUACCGGGUGCUUUUUGUGUUCAUUUUACAACGAAAUACCAAAGACGUUGGUACCUUUGGAGAACCACACUUUACCUCGCACCACUACCACAUCCCAGUGUAACCUCAUCGCCCUUUUCUAAUUUUUAUAACCAAAACCGUCCACCGAACUUCUGGGUGUAGUCACAGAAAUCCGCACGAGACGUGUUAGAGCUUAUGCUCCAGAAACUAACACAUUCUAUUCACGCCGUAGACUCUAUCGAAUAUAAAUCUACUUACUUUAAAUGUUACUUGUUUACUAUAUGUGAUUUUUUAUUAUUAUGACCUUAAAAUGAGUUCCACAAUAAAUGCAUUUUCAAGUGCCUUCAGAAU